AUUGGAAGGUACAUUUAUCCCGAGUUUGUCGUCUGUGCGUGUUGUGACCUACAACGGGAUACAGAAACCAUGAAGUUUUACAAGGAAUUUAUUGGUUGUCUUUCUCUAUGGUGCGUCUUAGCUUCGACCAGCGCAGAACCCUCCAUUUGUUAUUAUUGCACUACAGAUGCCGAUGGAACUGCCUGUAACAGUCCUUUGGACGAGAGCGGGAUUCGAGUCCAGUACUGUGGAAAUUCCACUGUGACAACUGACGUAGGUACUGCCAAAGAAAUCGCGAGUACUUCAACUACACAGGGCACAUACGUGUGCACGACCUCAACCUAUACUAGCAACCUUAAUAAUUUUGUGACGAUCAGAGAAUGCCAAAGCAGGCAAAUUGAGGGUGUAGAUAUUUGUUCCUACCUAUCUGGGGCAGAUAUAACUAACAUGUAUUCAAGGGACUUUUCUUGCCAAACAUGUGACUCCGAUCUGUGUAAUAAUGACAAUAGUAGGGCGACGGUGCAUUUCUCCACAGUUGCCUUCAUAGGGAUUGCCCUUGUGAAAUUGUUUGUUUAAUAGACAUAGACAAUAAUAUUAGUGCUGAUAUUUUAUUGUUUCGUUUAAAAUAUAUAUAUUUUGUACUA